CUGUGACAGAUAAAGGGGGAAAUGAAAACAAAUAAUUUUUUAGCUAGGAUUUCUACUAAUUUGCGUAAAUGCACCCAUCCUGAGUAGCUAAAACAGUUUUCACCCAUUUACAACCCUCUGAAACGCAAAGAAAACCAUCUAUUCCCUCGAAAGUACCGCGCAGUGAUGUGUUUAGUGUGUGCGUGUGCCCUAUAAACGUGAUUUUUCUCUCAACAAUUUGGAAUUGUUCGUAUUGUUGUUGCGGGGCUGCGUCGUUGUGUACCCCUUUGCUUGCGGACCAGUAAAAACGCCAGUGCUACCGUAACAGGGGGGUGAUAAGCGGCACCGCUUAAUCCUCGCCCUCGUUUGCAGCGGAAACGCCGCACGCCACCCAUUAUCAGUCCGGCUCGCGGCGGUUGACAUCAGUCAAGAUUAAUCUCUCGGUGAAAAUCAACAUGAGCGAAGGCGGUAGUAACGAGGGCGCGGAAUCGCCGCCGCCGUCGAGCUCCGCGGGGGUUGACUCGACUGGCACCUCCGAAACCACAGCACCUGUGCCACCGUUGCCACCGCGGGAACAUUUGAUUGUGACUGCCGUAAAGUUCCUCAACAACCCGAACGUAGUUCGCAGUGCCAUAACGAAGAAGCAGGCCUUCCUGCGCUCCAAAGGACUGUCGGAGGAUGAGAUACAGAUCGCGUGCGAGCGAGCGGGCGUCUUUACGACCAGCCCCACACAACAGACGGUCAUCAGCAUGGGUGUGGAGUCGAGUGGUGGCGGUAACUAUGCCAAGCCCGGUUACCAAAUUCAGCCAAGGCAAAACUUUCUUACCCGCAUGAAGGACAUGCUCAGCUCGGUGGCUCUACUGAGCGGACUGAUGUAUGGCGUGUACUUGUUCUAUAAGAAAUUCAUUGAACCGCUGCUGUUUCGCAGCAAGAAGAAGAAAACCGUCACCGAACAGCUGACGGAGCUUAAUCAGACGAUGACGGUGAAGAUUGACACGCUGAGUGCCGAGCUGAGCAAAAUCAAGGCCGAACUGAACCAGGUAAACCAAACCAAUGCGACCGUAAAGGAGCUGGCCAACUUUAAGGGCGAUCUUGAUUCGAUUAAGGGACUCCUAUUGAACAGAAAACAAUUCGCCGCACCAAACCUUCCGGUCGUUCCACCGUCCAUUCCGGCAUGGCAGCUACGUUCCCAGCAACAUCAACCGGCCAGCAGCGAGGGCGAGCACGACAAGCACGACGACAACGACACCGGAUCGGGUUCUGGGUCGAGUGAAAAUGAUGUCGUCCUGAAGAACAGCGACAGCAGCCUGGAGAUUAUGUAAUUCAAACAAAAAAAAAGACAGUUGCGAUGUAUUUAAAAUCAUCGUCACAACACUCAUUGCGGCUGGUGCUAAUAGAAAUCGUUCUUUUCGUCCUACAUCACAGAUCUUAAACGGUCGAACAAUGUGAAUGCACCGCACUGCUGGAGAGGAGUGAACCUUCCGGGGGAGGAGUGAACAACAACCGCCGUACGAAGGAGCGCGCAUCUAAACCAAAACAGAACGGUACACGGUGGUGGCACUUUGUAAAAGGGCCAUCUAUUUCACACCGUAGGCAUUUUUGGACGAAUUAUGGCAAAGGAAGGCGAGCGAUGAUCACAUGAAACCGAAAAGCGACACAUUUAGUUGGAAGGACAUAAUCGAUCUCAAAAUCGUUGCAAUAUGUUGAAACGUUCCAUAAGCAUCAUCACGCCAACCCGUGUGUGUGCGUCCCAGUAUGUCGGGUCCAGUAUGGGGUAAAACUUUAAGCAAACGAUUUUAAAGUUUUUUUUUUCCUUUUGUCCUACCCGUACCUAACACACAGUCGACGACAUAUGAAACUAUUUUGUUUUUGAAUUUGUACAUUAUGUUUUAAUUAUACGAAACCCCCUGCUGCUUCCACAAUCUAGUUCAAUGUUCACUAGAAACGCUCCAGAUAGUAAGGAUUUAAUUUUAACUCUCUUUCUCUCGAAACAGCGCUCAGUCAGGUUCAGUACGUGGAUUUGUGGAGGGAAACAAUCGGGUACAUAUAGCUGUUCUUCAAUUGGUAAAUAGUUUGUUUGUUUGUGUUUAGUUUUGUGGGAUAAGUUUGGGUAAUUAGAAACAUAAAUAACAAGCCAUUGGGUUGGGUACAGAGAGAAAAAAACACAAGAAAGCAACCAUACACUUCCUAUUUGCAGUAAAAGUGGGACAGAGGUAAAGGGAUCGAACAGAACAAUAGUCUGCGUAUAAGCAAAGAAAUGACUUAAAAUUAGCUUUCUCGACGGUCCGCUCGGGAACUGAUGAAUACAGAACGAUGUACCUUUUAGAGGAAAAUAAAUCAACUCAAGUCUAUGCAGUUUAAAAUAGCGCGCAUGUGUUUGUGUGUGUUUUUCAAUACAAGAAUUCUUUUUUCUCAAUAGACAUCCAACGCCCCAUAGAAAAAAUAAAACACAUCCCUCAAAUACAUUCCAUUACGUUCUAUUGUUUUUCCAGAUUUUUGCUUUCCACCGCUCCCCAUUUUCGUCCUCACAAAUGUGUGCCCAGCUUCGCCAUCUUUCUGUACUGUGUUUGUGUGUGUGUGUGUUGCCGGUAUGUCCUAAUGCUUUUUAAUGCUCUCCCCCCCUCUAGGUAUGCGUUGUUGUCGAGUUUGUUUGCUCCUUUCACAUGCUUCGCUUACGGUUAAAUGUGCUUCUGUUUGCACACACGUUUUCAAUCAUCAUGCUAACAAGUACUAUUUACAAUCUGUUGUCUAUUUCGACAUGCCCAGCAGGCAUCAGCGUCCUAUCUCGAGAGCACAUUUCAAUGUCUCUCUCUGUAUGUGUGCACUAACACCUUUGUUUUUGUCACUCUGGUACCUUCUGGUUUCUGGUUUUAUCAGCAGUACUUUGCAGUACUUCGCAUCCAUAAACACACAAGAGUAUCUGCUGCCUUUCUGACUUGGCUGACUCACGAUGAAUGGGAAAUACAUGCGUGUGGUGCCGCUUGCCACAUUUUCUCUGCGUUGCGUGUGUUAGAAAACGGUUCUAUUUUUCAAAAGAAAAUGCAAUGAAUGUCUCCGGAUUAUGGUUACACUUUUCCUGAUCUUUUAUCAAAACCCAAAACCGGCUGACCGGAUGGAUUGGCGCGGGCUGGGCGGGGGCGGUAUGUACUGGUGUUUCAUUUUAUACAUGUGCAAACAAACCGAUAUCGCAACACAUUGUGUAACAACUGCUGCUGCUGCUGCUGCUUCCUUCUCUUUUCCCCUAUGCUCAUCAUUUGUUUGUGUUGUUCAUCCUAAUUCCGCAUACAUAUUUCCUCUGCACGUUCUCUUUGGAUUGCGCGUUGAGUGUGUUUGUGUUUGGGUGUGAUUUUUUUACGCUUACUUAAUUUGCUUAGAUGUUACGCUUAUAUCUGCAGCAUCAUCGUCUUCAUCAUCAUCAUUACGCACGCACAACAUUGUGCCGGCGAACUUACGUCAUGAUAUUGUUUGUGUGUGUGUGUUUCUUUUGCUUACUUCAUUUGUACCGUGUGUCGUUCACUUAUAUGUAAAUACAUGUUUGUUUCCUCCUUUUUCUCAAGUGUUCUUCUUGUGAGGGUAUAAUUGGGCAUCGUUUACUGGUUUUAGAUGAGCCAAUCGGUGUCUUUUGUAUUUUCCGUUUCGUUUUGCAAACACGUAAAUCAAGCAAACAAAAUUUACUAAAAUCAAAAUGGAGUCUGACCAUGAAAAGUGGAUCAAAAUGUAACGAACAAAUCCAGUUACUAUCCAGUUCAAAAGAUAGAUACGACACGGAAGCAUUAAAACCAUCCAUAUACUGAGUAAUAUUCACGAACAAUCCAUACUCUCUCUCUCUCUAUCUCCCUCUGUCUGUCUGUCUUUGGACGCAAUACCGUAAGUUCUGCCAACCGUUCUCUUUAUCGCCAAAUAUUGCUGCGACUGAUUGAGCAAAUUAAAUUAGCUAUUUCGCGACGAUAGCUUUUGUGAUAGCGAAUUCCCCAUACCCCCCCGUAUGGCUACACCACAUUUGAAGCUGCUGAGAAUGUCUCUUUCGCGAUUGAAAUCUUAUAGCUAAUGAUGGUAGCGCGCAGAAUGGGCGGCCUCUGUAAGCUGCUGUCUCAGGACGCAAAUUGGCUGUUGCGCUGUCACACGCAGCGAGAGGGCAAGGGGUGACGAUUUUCGAUGCAGUUUCUUGAUUGUUACUCACACAUCGAUUACUUCAUACACGCGGCGGGCGGUGGCUAUAGAUACUGAUUUAGCGCCCCCCGUUGAUCGCUUUCAUUGAAAGUGAACGUAACUUUAGAUGUUGGAGGCGUUUGAUCAAACACAACAGCCCCCUCCAGAAAAACGCAGAACUUAACCGUGCUAAUUGCUAAUUUUCGUAGAAAAUUAACUAUGUUUGAUUAUAGAAAGCGCGCGCGAGCCCUGUGCAGCUACAGUUUUGCCCAAUGAUACAUAGUGAUUUUCUUAUUGGUUUAGCUUUGAAUCGAAUUCCUCCCGGCGUCCUUUCAAAUCGGGAUUUUGUUUUUCGUUUUUUUAUUCGUUUUUUUAUUCACAACAAAGCGAAAACGUAACAUAGCGCACUUUAGUUGAUUGAAUAACAAAAGAAAAGGAGAGCCUCGUACAAAUAAUCAUAUCCAAAAACGAUUGGAACUAUAAACUACUAUUUUACACACAAUAUUUUCAACAAAA